AUGGGCAACAAGCAGACAGUUUUCACUCACGAGCAGCUGGAAGCAUAUCAGGACUGCACCUUCUUCACGAGGAAGGAAAUCAUGAGGCUCUUCUAUCGAUACCAGGACCUGGCCCCCCAGCUUGUUCCUCUUGACUACACCAGCUGCCCGGAUGUGAAGGUGCCCUAUGAGCUCAUCGGCAGCAUGCCUGAGCUGAAGGACAACCCCUUCCGUGAGAGGAUCGCCCAGGUCUUCUCCGAGGAUGGGGAUGGCCAUAUGACCUUGGACAACUUCCUGGACAUGUUUUCUGUGAUGAGUGAAAUGGCUCCCCGUGACCUCAAAGCCUACUAUGCUUUUAAAAUUUAUGACUUUAAUAACGACGACUACAUCUGUGCGUGGGACCUGGAGCAGACGGUGAUCAAGUUGACGCAGGGGGAGCUGAGCGCUGAGGAGGUGAGCCUGGUGUGUGAGAAGGUGCUGGAUGAGGCCGAUGGGGACCACGACGGGCGGCUGUCCCUGGAAGACUUCCAGAACAUGAUCCUGCGGGCGCCGGACUUCCUCAGCACCUUCCACAUCCGUAUCUGAGGGUACCGCGGAGGAGGAGCCAGGCCAGAGGAAGGCAGGGCGACCCCUCAUCCCACUGUGGAAUCUAGUGUCCCUCGGCUCUGGGAAUAAACACACGUCACUGAG